AUGAAGUGUCGUGCCCAGAUACUUGGGCGCUCUAUUCUUUCCUCAACACCUAUUAGCCAACCAUGUUCCUCCCCACCAAGUGUCAGGUCGCCCCACUGCCCCCAGAAGACCCACUCAGGCUUAUUUGCACGGCUUAGUUCCACAAAGCCUCAGGCUCGCGUGGAGUACAACUGGAUCAUGGGGGUGGAAACACUUGAAGACUAUCAGCCUGGAGGUUACCACCCAGUUAUGAUCGGUGACGUGCUUCAUAGCCGGUACCGCAUCGUAGAUAAACUAGGUCAUGGUGGUUACUCUACCGUCUGGCUCGCUCGAGAUACUGCCCUUAAGAAAUAUGUCGCCCUGAAAGUCAACACAGCGGACGCGCAUCCACGGGAGGCAAGGGUACUUAGAACACUGUUAAAGUCAUCCUCAUUCUCAGCACCUCCUGCCCACGAACGCAGCUUGAUACCGAUGAUAUUCGACGAAUUCCAAGUACAGGGUCCAAACGGGAUACAUGCGUGCUAUACUACAGCCCCCGCACAAUGUAAUCUUAGGGAGAUCUCUUUCAGCCGUCUUUUUCCUCUUGACGUGGCUCGAGCGCUGUGCUAUGGACUUACACAGGCUGUUGCUUACAUGCAUUCGCACGGAUAUGUACACGGAGAUAUUCACCUAAAGAAUAUCAUGAUUAAGCUCCCAUAUAAGUUUGACGAUCUUUCUAUCAAAGAAUUGUACGAAAGUUAUGGGGAACCCGAGACAGUUCCCAUCUCGCGCUGCGAUGGAAAGCCCCUUACUCCUAAUAUCCCAGCUCAAGCGGUGAAGCCUUUAUUUCUAGGAAAAUAUGCCGAAACAAUGACGCUAGCCGAUGUACGUCCACUUCUUAGCGACUUUGGCGAGGCCUUCGCUCCCGCCUCAGAGGUUCGACUUGGACAAGACUGCCACACACCUCCGGCCUUUCGCUCCCCAGAAGCCAGAUUUGAGCCACAAAAGCCGCUUACAUAUUCUUCGGACAUCUGGAGCCUAGCUACGGCGAUAUGGGAGGUUAUAGGAAUGAAAGCUCUCUUCAGUAUUGAUAUGGUUCCCGACGAUGAAAUUGUGGCACAACAUAUCGAUGUACUGGGACCACUGCCAAGGGAGUGGUGGCUGCGUUGGGAGGGAAGAGGCAAGUUCUUUACGGAGGAUGGGCAUCCAACAGACGCAUAUCUGGAGAAUAAAUGGCCUCCCCUUGAGGAGGCAUUCGACAUAGACAUACAGAAGUGGAGGAGAAAGUGGAGAGGUGUGGUUGAGGAGGAAGAGAGAGCCGCGUUUGUGGAUCUGAUCCGCAGGAUGUUGCUGUUCCGACCGGAAGCGCGACCGACAGCUGAAGAUGUGCUCCAGUCGGAGUGGAUGGUCAAGUGGGCGUUGCCGGAUUAUGAGCAAAGCUUAAAUAUAUCUGGUUGA